CAAAAUCAGCGCUUCUCAUCCCUGUUUCCACCUUAGGUCUUAGAACAGAUGGCACUCCUGUAUGUGGCACUCCUCUGGGCAUCCCAGAUUUUGAAGAAACCCAGAGACAUCUUGUAGGGAGCACUGCUGAUGGUUCUUGAGAACUCAGAAAGUCACACUGCAGUGUUUCCACAUGAGAACUUGGGUUGGCUGGAAACCCUGAAGCAAUGACAGAGACAGCCCUCUGUCUAAUUUGAAGGCGCUGCCUGGAGAAUGAGGAGCGACGAGCCGGUCGUGACCAUGGAAGAGACCGGCGGGCCGGGCGGGGCCGCGGGCCGCCUGGGGGCGCCGUACUCCGAGGCCUGGGGGUACUUCCACCUGGCGCCGGCGCGGCCCGGCCACGCGUCGGGCCCCUGGGCCACCUGCCGGCUGUGCGGGGAGCAGGUGGGCCGCGGCCCGGGCUGGCACGCGGGCACCCCGGCGCUGUGGAAGCACCUGAGGAGCGCGCACCGGCGGGAGCUGGCGGAGAGCGCCGCCCGCCGCUCGCCGCCCGCCGCCCCCGCCGCGGCCGCCGAGGGCGACUGGGCGCGCCUGCUGGAGCAGAUGGGCGCGCUGGCCGUGCGCGGCAGCCUGCGGGAGCGCGAGCUGGCGCGGCGCGAGGCGGCCUUGGAGCAGGGCGAGCGCGCCCUGGAGCGCAGGCGGCGGGCGCUGCUGGAGGAGGAGCGGGCGGCGGCCCAGGCGCGCCGGGAGCUGCAGGCCGAGAGGGAGGCGCUGCAGGCGCGGCUGCGGGAAGUGAGCCGGCGCGAGGGCGCCUUGGCCUUGGCCUCGGCCCCGGCCCCGCUGCACACGCCGCUCAAAGAGGAGCCCGAGGGGGACCCCAGGGACGGCUACGUCAUCACGAAGGUCCUCCUGUAGGUUCUGGCCGCUCCCCGCCCCAGGCCAGCGCUACUCCACGUGUGGGCCGUGGACCAGCGUCUUCAUCCUCACCUGGGAGCGGGAUCUCAGGCCCGUUGCCGCUCUGCCGAAUGGAAAUCGAA